GGAGCCGAGUGAGAGCGCGGAGCGAGCGGCAGGGAGCUGGAUACCCUGGACAGCGCUUCGCUUCUCUCGCCCGCCCCAGCGCCCGCCUGGCCACCGCACCCCUCUCGUCCGCACCAUGGAGCAGCUGAAGGCUUUGGACUGGGAAAUAAACACAUUUGUGGAUUAUAUGUUUGGGCCUCGAGAUUCCAGGGUCAGAGGAUGGUUCCUGUUGGAUUCUUACCUACCCACAUUUUUCCUUACUGUAGUAUAUCUACUUUCCAUAUGGCUGGGUACCAAGUUUAUGAAGAACAGGCCUGCAUUCUCUCUCAGGGGUCAUCUCAUUGUGUAUAACCUUGGAGUUACAGUGCUUUCCUUGUACAUGCUCAUAGAGCUUAUGCUCUCCAGUUGGGAAGGAGGCUAUAACUUACAGUGUCAGAACCUUGUCAGCGCAGGAGAAACUGAUAUCCGGGUGGCCAAGGUGUUGUGGUGGUAUUAUUUUUCCAAAGCAAUUGAAUUCAUGGACACUAUUUUCUUUGUACUGAGGAAGAAAAACAGUCAAAUUACUUUCCUUCAUGUAUACCAUCAUGCCACUAUGUUUAACAUCUGGUGGUGUGUUCUGAACUGGAUCCCCUGUGGACAAAGUUUCUUUGGACCCACUUUGAAUAGUUUUAUCCAUGUUCUCAUGUACUCCUACUAUGGAUUUUCUGUCAUUCCUUCCAUGCGCAAGUAUCUGUGGUGGAAGAAAUACCUCACUCAGGCACAACUGAUUCAGUUUCUGCUCACCAUUAUCCACACUCUUAGUGCUGCUGUGAAGCCAUGUGGAUUUCCAUUUGGUUGCCUCAUGUUCCAGUCUUCAUACAUGGCCACACUGGUUAUUCUGUUUAUAAACUUUUAUAUUAAGACGUACCAGAAAAGGCCUUCAAGAACUGAUAUGAAGAAGGUCCCUCCUGUGACGGAAAUCAGGAAUGGUUUCCAUAAAGACUACUUCACUGCAGCCAAUGGGGUACUGAACAAUAAGAAAGCACAAUAAGUACAGUAACUCAAUACUACAUUGUAGUAUUUUUCACUUUUUCUAAAUAAAAAGAGACUGAGUUACAAGACACAGUUUUAGUGUAAACUCUGACUCAGUUUGGUUACAUUUAUC